UAAGAGAGGGAGCUCCACAGAGCCAACGGUCUCUUAACACACUAACACGCUCUUGCAGCUAUGGCCACAAUGCUGUGGGUCUGUCUGCUUUGUCUUCAGGGUUGUCUGCUUACACAUGCUCUGGACUGCAUGGGCAGAAGUGUGGAUUGCGCCGGCACACAGGUUACAGAGGUCAAGACUGAAGAAGAGCCCUUCUCUUCUCUGGUGAGGAUGCGAAGACAAGCUCAACUCACUCAACGCCCUGGAUCUUACUCAGUCAAAGGAUCUCCUAACACACUCAUCCAGACCGACAGGUCGAGGCGACAUUUGAAUGCUAGUAAGAAGAAGCCCCACAGGUCUCGUAUCGGCUCUUACUCACUUCUUUCCCACAACCACGCAAAUAACCCACUACAGGUAGUAAGUGUUCAUAGACACUUUGAGGAUGUGUCCCAUUCAAAAGGGGCUGCAUUAAAGUCUGUGAAGAAGAGGUCUAGAAGAAGCGCACCCAAGAGAAAGAAGAAUGUGAGGAAUAAUACAUGCUCAUGAGAACUUCUUUGAAGCACCAGACCCACACUUACUUCUGCUGGACUUCCUGUUGACUUUCUAACUCAUUUAAAUCUGAGAUGAUGUACUUAAAGAGCAUAGACUCUGUUGUGCAGAUAAUGUGAUCACUAUUAAUGACAAUAAUUAGAUGGUCCCAGAAUUAAACACAAAAAAUACUUUAAUAUGAACAUAUAUGCAGCAUACUAAGCUUCAAAACCUGCAUAAUACUCAUUUAAAAAAAAAAAAAAAAAAAAAAAAGGUUUAUAGUUUAAUUAUCUUUUUCUAAUAUGAUUCAGAACAAUGCUGUACUAAGUUAUAUAAGUCUAUAUACACUGCUUUAACAGAUAUAUCUAAAAAUCUUUUGUAGAUUCCUGAUUAAAUAACCUUUCUUCAA